UUUUUUUAAAACGCCUUUUCAAUUUCCGUCUCUCUGUUUCCACGAUUUACGCCCCCUCCCUCGACCGUACCAAAUUGAUCGUAGAUAGGAGCUCUGAGAAAACGAUUUGCUGAGAGAUAAGAGAGAGAUGAGUUUUCAAGAUUUAGAAGCUGGAAGAGGAAGAUCGAGGAAGACCAAUGGUGGUGGUGGUGGUGGUCGGCAAGAUUCGACGCAAGCCGUGGCUUCGGGAAUAUUCCAGAUCAAUACCGGAGUUUCCACGUUUCAACGUCUCGUCAACACGCUCGGUACUCCCAGAGACACGCCUGAGCUCCGUGAUAAGCUGCACAAGACACGGUUGCAUAUAGGGCAGCUUGUGAAGGACACGUCAGCUAAACUUAAAGAAGCUAGUGAAACUGAUCAUCAAACUGGUGUCAAUCCAAGUAAGAAGAUUGCAGAUGCUAAGCUUGCAAAGGACUUUCAAGCUGUGUUGAAAGAGUUUCAGAAAGCUCAGCAAACUGCUGCUGAAAGAGAAACUGCUUAUGCUCCUUUGGUGCCUCCUUCUGCUCAUCCUUCUAGCUAUUCAGCGGGUGAAGUAGAUAAUAUCUCGGAACAGCGGGCGCAAGUUAUGGAGUCGAAAAGGCAGGAGCUUGUGUUGUUAGACAACGAGAUUGCAUUCAACGAGGCAGUGAUCGAAGAAAGAGAGCAAGGGAUACAAGAAAUCCAUACUCAGAUUGGCGAGGUUAACGAGAUAUUCAAAGAUCUCGCGGUUCUGGUUAACGAUCAAGGAGUCAUGAUAGAUGAUAUCGGUACUCACAUUGACAACUCUCGAGCUGCAACUUCACAAGGAAGAUCUCAGCUCGCUCAGGCCGCAAAAACACAAAGAUCAAACUCAUCUCUGACAUGCUUGCUCUUGGUGAUAUUUGGCAUUGUACUCCUGAUCGUGAUAAUCGUACUCGCAGCUUGAUUUUGGAAACCAAGAACAAGUGGUUUUGAAUGUGUUUAUGGAUCUUAAAGCAUCAAUGAGUGAAUUACUUGGUAUAUAUUACGUAAUUUGGAUUCAAAACUUAGAAGUUGGGUUUUGUAUUGGUUUGGUAUGGUUGUAAUAUAAUGCGUGGUUUUGUUGUGCAAACUGUGUUGGAGAUGAGUGAAAAAAAGUCUGUUCUGUUG